GCGAAACCAGUUGACGGCGAGCCGUGCGAGCAGACGGUCGUGUUGUUGUCGCAAGUGGCAACAAACUGUUUGGCAAAACACAUAGUGUCGCAUUGUGAAAUCCAAGCAACACACACACAUCGCCCUGAUCACAAUUAUUAUCGUCAUCAUUAUCAGCAGCAUAAUCAUCAUUUUCGUAUCGCAAGAAACUGCAGUUGAGUAGUGUGAAGUGUGCAACGCAUGACAAGAAACGAAAAGGAUUUAGUUGCAGCAUCUCGUAGCUGCCUGUCGAAACUGUCAAUUGCCAUUAAGUAUCAAGGAUAUCGUUUUUGGCUAUCAGGAUAUAGUACACGCCGCAUUAUCCUGCCAAAACGCAAACAUAAACACAACUCGGACUUGAACUUAAAUACGUCGUCCAUCUCGCUCACGCUGACGCUCUCUCGCUCGCUAUCGCUAUUUCUAUCUCUGUCGUCGUCAUCGCCGUUGUCGUCGUGGUCGUCGCCGUUGUCCUCGUCGCCAAGUGACGUGCAACAUUUAGUUGUUGUUUGUGUGAGUCAGUAGUGAGUGUGUGUCAACCACGUUGUGGUCUUUCUCGGUUCCUGGCAAGAGUUACCCAACAACAAAACCCUCCACCGGUUCCGCGUGUGCAUAGUUCCCCCCGUGAGUGUGUGUCUUUGUUUGUAUGUGUAUAGUUUGUGCGGUUUCCUCGCAUUGUCCUUCUCCGCCUUCGCCUCCGCCUCCGAGUCCACCUCGCCACCAUCGGGAGAGAGUGUGUGUGUGUCGCUGCUGCUGGCAAGUGGCCGCCUUUGUUGCAUGGCAACACUUGGCUAAUCGAUGAGGUGCCGAAAAAACGGACACACACACCCACAAGGAUAACACAAGGAUAAUGACCCAAACCGAUUUGUUUACAAAUUGAAAACAUGCAACACGAAAUUGCUGUUGGAAAAAUGUGAGAAGCCAGCUGGAAAAAAAGUGGAAAUAAUAUCACCAGCAACAGCAGCAAAAGAACGAAACGGAUACGGAAAGAGGAAAAGAAAAGAAAUAAAACCUAAUAAUACAUCGUAAUAAUAAUAAUAAUAAGUGAGAAGGGGACAGUGCAAAGACAUUCCCCCUAGUUGGCCAGUGGCCAGUAGAGAAAGAAGAAAUACGAUUCCGAUGCAAGGCACUGCAGACUGCAUCCUCAAUAAUGUCGGACAAUAAAAGCAACUAAAGAAGCAUUCAAGUGCAAAAAAGAAACGCAAGGGGUUCUAGAUGAAAUGAACAAUUGCCGAGCAAACAAUGCAAACUAAUAAAGCACUAGAGCGAAUUUUUUAUGCAAAUAGCAACAGCAACAGCAACAACAACAACAACAAGCAAAUAAAAGACACACAACAGCAGCACCAGCAGCAGCAGCAGCUAGAAGACGGCAACAACAGCAGCAGCAGCAGUAGAAGCAUCAAUCAAACGCGCCACGGGGCGUAUGAUUAACAAAGUUUAAGGAAUUUUCUGCAAAAUGGAGCGAGAGAAAUUGCAAAGUGAAAUGUGCCGCAGACGUGAUUUAAUUAAUAAAUGCAUUAAAUAUGCAAAGACGACAACAGCAACAACAUCAACAUCAACAACAACAUUAACAGCAUCAGCAGUAUCAGCAGAAGCUGAAGCAACAGGAGCAGCAACCACUCCACUGACGGCGAAUGGUGCAACAACCACUGGACCCACUCUGGAGUUGGCCACGAAGCCAUUAACGGACUUGCAACGAAACCACCUGCUAAAGAUGCCAACAACUACAGCAACAGCAACAACAAGAGCCACAGCAACAAACACAAUAGAAAAACCAACAACAAAUUGUGCAAACUCAGCAGCAGAAGCAGCAGCAGCUACAGCAACAACACAUCGCCACGGCAUCGUCAGGACAUUAAGGACAUUAGCAAAGAGCUGGACUGGACAGUCGGGUCCACUGCUAUUGACGGUCUGCCUCAGCCUGCUGGUGUGCGGCAGUCAAGCGGGUUUCGCUUGCCUCAGCAAUCCGUGUGUAUUUGGCGUCUGCAUCGAUGGCCUGAACAGCUCGUAUUCGUGUUACUGCAUUGACGGCUACACAGGGAUCCAGUGCCAAACGAAUUGGGACGAAUGCUGGUCGGGACCCUGUCAAAACGGCGGCACAUGUGUGGAUGGCGUUGCCUACUACAAUUGUACGUGUCCGGAAGGAUUUUCUGGGUCAAAUUGUGAGGAAAAUGUGGACGAAUGCAUGUCAAAUCCAUGUCAGAAUGGCGGACUGUGCCGCGACCGUAACAAUGGCUACACCUGCACCUGCCAGCCGGGCUAUCUGGGUGAUCACUGUGAGCUGGAUGUUGCCGUCUGUGACACGGGCACCGGUGCACGUUGCCAGCAUGGAGGCGAAUGCAUCGAAGGUCCCGGAUUAGAGUUUACGUGCGAGUGUCCAGCCGGUUGGCACGGCCGCAUUUGUCAGGAGGAGAUCAAUGAAUGCGCCUCGGCACCUUGUCAAAACGGCGGCGUUUGCGUCGACAAGCUGGCUGCCUAUGCUUGUGCCUGCCCCAUGGGCUAUACGGGCGUCAACUGCGAGGAGGAGAUACUUAUCUGUGCCGACAAUCCCUGCCAGAAUAAUGCGCUCUGCUUGAUGGAGGAGAAUGUGCCCACGUGUUAUUGUGUGCCCGACUAUCACGGCGAGAAGUGCGAAUACCAAUACGACGAAUGUCAGCUGGGUCCGCGUUGCAUGAAUGGAGGAGUUUGCAUCGAUGGCGUCGAUACCUUCUCCUGCUCCUGUCCUCCACUACUCACGGGCAUGCUCUGCGAGUGUUUGAUGGUGGGCGAAGAGUCACUUGACUGCAAUUACACCGCGCCAGCGACAUCGGCUCCUCCAGCGGUGCCCGCAACGCCAGCACCGCCACCUACUACACUGGCGCCACCUACAGUGCGUCCAGUUACACCGCCAGAGACAACGCUGCCGCCCAGCGCACCACCAGCCGCACCGGCAGCCAUUGAAACCACCACAACAGCGCCAGUGCCAGCGGUGCAAACCACAGUAGCUUCCUCGGCUUCGGCUUCCUCCGAGGAGAACUCUGUCGAGUCGCGAGUGACAGCGGCGCCGCCGGAGAGCGACAGUCAUGUGGUUGACAACGAACCGACUACCCUAAGACCACCACCACCAACUGCACCACAACCUGAGGCCACAGAAGAACCACAGCCAGCAGCUAUACCCACGACCCAACCACCAGCCGUAAGCAUUGCAUCCAGCUCGUCCUCGUCCGAGGAGAGUCACAGCAUCUAUACGACGUUGCCGCCAUUGCCCGCACCGGGAGUAACUUCCUCUUCAGCGGAAUCCUCCUCCGAGGUCGUUACCUCCGAGGAAUACACGACAGUGCGACGCUUUGACAGCGACAGCGGCAGCAGCGGCGCCAGUAGCGAGGAAGCCGUCACCACACCGCGACCCACAGCACCGCCUGCACCACCGAGCAUCACCAUUGCUGUGGAUUACGCUUCGUCGAGCAGCUCCGAAUCGGUGGAACAACCUAGUCCACCAUUGACCACACCGGGCAGCAUUUACGUGCAUCAUGUGACCACAAUCGAUACCAGCAUCUCGGUGGAUUACGCACCACCCACGCCAACUCCCUAUUUCCCACCAGAAACCACAGUACGAGGUAUCGAAGAACCAUCGGUGGAGGAGACGACACGUCGUCCGUGGAGUGAAGUCCCCACCACAGCGGCGCCAUUCUUCACCGAUUACCCAGCCGAGGUGCUCAUUACCACGCAUCGCACAAGUGCCGGACGGUUUACCACAGUGCAACCACCUAUUGUGCAAGAGACAACCACAGCACCAGUUGACUAUGAACCACCUAUGGCGGUGCCAACCACAGCUCAGCCGCCAUACAUUGUGGUCACAAUCGGCGAGGCGAGUCCAUUGCCGCCAAUAACCACAAUGUUGCCACCCGUAGUGACUACGCAACGUUCGGUGGUGCAAACAACCAACCCAACCACUGGCGUACCCUACGAACGGGAGCCGAGCACCACACAACUGCCGCCGGCCAUCACAAUGCCAAUGCCGGUGGAACUAACAACACCUCAACCUAUGGUCACCGAGGAUCUGCAUGCGCCGAUUGCACCACCGUUGACUACCUUGGAACCUGCGCGGGAAACAACUCUGCCACCGAUAGCGGUGGUAACCCUGCCACCCGUAACAGUGGUAACAUUACCACCAGUGACAGUGGUAACCCUGCCACCUUCACCCAUGCCAACGGAACCGCCGCUGCCAAGUCAACCCGCGGUUACGGUGCAACCAACGCCACCUUCGACACAGUCCGCGCAGACGUUGCCACCGCCCACGUCACCGCUGUAUGUGUAUAGCACACCUGGGCAGCCAGAGUUGCCAGCACAGACCAAAGCACCCGUAACCGAGAGCAGCAGCAGCGAGGAAACCGAUGGCACCAACACAGUGGCAACAGGCGGAGGGGCUGUUGCUCCUGGUGGAGGUGGAGGUGCAGAGGAGAAGUCUGGCGACGUCGAUUGCAUUAAAUUGGGUUGCUACAAUGGCGGCACUUGUGUGACCACAUCGGAAGGUUCUCGGUGCGUUUGCCGCUUUGACCGUCAGGGACCGCUUUGUGAGCUGCCAAUAGUGAUAAGGAAUGCCGCAUUCUCUGGCGAUUCAUAUGUCUCGCAUCGCAUCUACAAGGACAUACCAUCACAUGAGGCAUUGGAUGCCGUGCUGCCGAUGCACAUUCAGCUAAAGGUGCGCACGCGGGCGACCAACGGAUUGAUCAUGCUGGCCGCAGCGCAGGGCACAAAAGGUGGACACUACAUGGCGCUAUUUCUGCAGAAGGGUCUAAUGCAGUUCCAGUUCUCGUGCGGUCUGCAAACGAUGCUGCUGAGCGAACUGGAAACGCCUGUGAAUACAGGCCAUGAAAUUACCAUUCGAGCUGAAUUGGACUUCAGCCGCAAUUACACGCACUGCAAUGCCUCGCUGCUCGUCAACGACACGUUGGCCAUGUCCGGGGAUCAACCAACAUGGCUAAAGCUGUUGCCACCGCGCCUGCACACGCCCGAGGUCAUAUUGAACACUUGGCUGCAUUUGGGCGGCGCCCCCCAGGCGCCAAUUGGCCUCAUUAUCGAACUGCCGCCAGCCCAAAGCGGCACUGGUUUCACCGGCUGCCUCCACACUCUCCGCAUCAAUGGACAAGCGCGCGAAAUAUUUGGCGAUGCGCUGGAUGGCUUUGGCAUUACGGAAUGCGGCUCAUUGGCCUGCCUGUCGAGUCCCUGCCGCAAUGGCGCCGCUUGCAUUAAGAUCGAAUCAAAUGAGCUGGACGAGAACGGUGACAAGGCCGAGAAAUGGAAAUGCAAAUGCCCCACCGGCUACAUGGGCCCCACCUGCGAGAUAUCCGUUUGCGAGGACAAUCCAUGUCAAUACGGUGGCACCUGUGUGCAAUUCCCGGGCAGCGGUUACCUCUGCCUCUGUCCGCUGGGCAAGCACGGACAUUACUGCGAACACAAUCUCGAGGUGGCGCUGCCUUCGUUCUCGGGCAGCGUAAAUGGACUGUCAUCGUUUGUGGCCUACACUGUGCCCGUGCCAUUGGAAUAUUCGCUGGAGUUGAGCUUCAAAAUUCUGCCACAGACCAUGUCACAAAUCUCGUUGCUUGCCUUCCUCGGUCAGUCGGGCUAUCAUGACGAGAAGAGCGAUCAUCUCGCCGUCAGCUUCAUACAGGGUUACAUUAUGCUCACAUGGAAUCUGGGUGCUGGACCGCGUCGCAUUUUCACCCAGAAACCCAUUGACUUCCGGCUGGAUGCACCUCGCGUUCCCUACGAAAUCAAAGUCGGUCGCAUUGGACGCCAGGCCUGGCUCUCAGUGGAUGGAAAGUUCAAUAUUACGGGUCGCUCGCCGGGCAGCGUCAGUCGCAUGGAUGUGCUACCCAUCCUCUAUUUGGGUGGCCAUGAGAUUGCCAACUUCAACACACUGCCGCAUGAUCUGCCGCUGCACUCAGGCUUCCAGGGUUGUAUCUACGAUGUGAAUCUCAAGGCCGGACAGGUAACGGUGCCGCUGCAGGAGACUCGUGGCGUCCGUGGCCGCGGUGUGGGACAAUGUGGCACAAGGGAGUGCCAUCGACAUGCCUGCCAGCACGAUGGCGCCUGCUUGCAGCAUGGUGCAACCUUCACCUGCAUUUGCCAGGAAGGCUGGUAUGGUCCUCUGUGUGCACAACCCUCCAAUCCCUGUGACUCCUUCAACAACAAAUGCUACGAGGAGGCAACCUGUGUGCCCCUCGUCAAUGGCUACGAAUGCGACUGUCCUGUGGGACGCACCGGCAAGAAUUGUGAGGAAGAAAUACGUUCGCUGAGCGAUGUCUCACUGACUGGUCGUCGCUCGUAUUUGGCCGUGCGUUGGCCAUAUCUCUAUGAUGGUGGCGACAAAAUGGGUUCCAAGCGCUCCCAAAUGGUUAGCUAUCGCAACUUUACGAAGAAACUGAUGCCACCCAAACCCAUCUCGACGCCAAGCACACAUUUUGUGAUGAAACUGCUCAACGAGGUGGAGAAACAGCGCAGCUUCUCUCCAGUGCCGUUGAUGGGCUCCAAGACCUUCGAGGAGCAUCAUCGCGUGCAAUUCUUCUUCAUCGAGUUCCAGCUGCGACCGCUCUCUGAGCGUGGACUGUUGCUCUACUUUGGCACACUGAACAACAAUCAAGACAAGAAGAUUGGCUUUGUGUCACUGUCGCUUCAAGGCGGCGUCGUCGAAUUCCGCAUCUCGGGUCCCAGCAAUCAUGUGACUGUAGUGCGCAGCGUACGCAUGUUGGCCAUUGGUGAAUGGCACAAGAUCAAGAUGGCUCAACGGGGACGCUGGCUCACCUUGUGGGUGGAGGGCAGUGCCUCGUCCGCUUUGGCUCCCUCAGCAGAAGUGCUGGUCGAACCGGAUUCAUUGCUCUACAUUGGCGGCUUGAAGGAUGUGUCCAAGCUGCCGCACAAUGCCAUCUCCGGUUUUCCGAUCCCAUUCCGAGGCUGUGUGCGUGGCCUGGUUGUGAGCGGCACUCGCAUUGUGCUGAAUGAAACGAAUAUUGUGGAGUCUCGCAAUAUUCGCGAUUGCGAUGGCACCGCUUGCGGUGGCGACUCAUGUGAAUCGGGCGGUCAUUGCUGGCUAGAUGAGAAGUUGCAGCCGCACUGCAUCUGUCCGGAUUAUGCCAAGGGCGAUCGUUGUGAAUACUCGGAGACCUGUAAGCUGAUACCCUGCAAGAACAAUGGACGCUGUUUGCGCAGUGGACGCUGCUCAUGUCCCAAUGGCUGGGGCGGAUUCUACUGUGAGAUUGCUUUAAGCAAGCCGACAACGCCAAGCUUCCGUGGCAACAGUUACCUGAUCUUGCCACCCCCUCGCAUCCCCAUGAAAGACAAAAGACGCGGCCCUUCGGUGCUCUAUUCCGCUGCCCGACCACGCGAAGCCAUACAAAUCUCGCUAAACUUCUCCACCAUCGAACCGGACGGUCUAUUGCUCUGGAGUGAGCACAAUCAAAUUAAAUUCUUGGGUCUCGGUCUAGAAAAUGGGCAUCUUAAGCUUGCCAGCAAUCUGUUGGGCAGCAAUAACGAUACGGUUCAGGCCCCAGCGAGUGGCUUUAUUGCCGAUGGCGCUUGGCACGGCACAAGUGUACUUUUGGAUCGUACACGUUUGGAACUGCAGCUGGAUGGCGAGGUCAUUUUCACCGAACGUUUGCCGGAGCUUAUGCGGCGAGCUACAACAACAACACCAACGACAACAGCAUUGCAGCGAAGAGCGGGUAAAGAGCCAACGAUUAGCUACGAGGAUAUUUUCUAUUUAGGUGGCUUCCCCAAACAGGAAUCGGUGAGCAAACGGACGCAAGGCCGCUUCUUUGAACCAUUUAAGGGCUGCCUUCAAGACAUACAAUUCGGUGCAGAGCCGAGAGCCGUUAUAAGCGAUUUCUCGGCGUACCAGGGCGAGAAUAUUGGCUCUUGUGAUUUGCAUGGUGAUGAGCCGAUUGUUGUAUAAAUCAAAGAAGGAAUCAAACAAGAAAUAGACGAAAAUAAAAAUAUAAAGAUUGUAUAACCUAUUAUAGAAUUAUUCGUAUAUUUAUGUGAAUUGCAAAUUAACUCAUUGUGGAUGAAAUGUCAAGAAAAACUGGAAACAAAAGAAAACCCCGAUAAAUAUAGUACUUAAGCUAAAUGUUAAGGGAGUUUAUAUAUCACAAAGGCCCCAAUCCAAAAAAUAAAAAAGAAAAAUGAAAUUCAAUGUAUACAGAUGGAGACAAGCUAUUUGAAGCAUAACGAAAUGGAACGUAAUUUUGUAAAUUUUAUAGAAAUAACUGACAAAAAGGAGAAAAAAAAAACAAAAAGUUUAGAUUAAAAAGAGGCAUAAAAUCAUGGAUCAGAAAUGAUAUUAUAAUAAAAAGAAAAAUUGUGGUUUAUCAAUAAAUUGAGCAGAACUAAGAAACACUUGAACAAAAUUGUAGUUUAGGAGCUAAAUCUAGCAAAAACCAAAGCAAAAAAAAAACAGAUACUUCUCUUACGUAA